AUGCCAGAGGAUCUGGACAGCAGCUUUGAUUCCAAAGAGGAUCAUGAGCUCUAUAAGAAGCUUAUGCUGGAGCGGACAAAGCUUCAGUACAAGGCGGAGGAGAAGAAGCGUCAAACAAAGGCGCUGCAAGUCCGUCAAAACUCACAAAAUUUGGAGGACCGGGAGCGUGGUUUUCAGCUCCAUUUCGCUGGUGCCAACGAGCAAAGGCUUGCCGAGGCCAGAAAGCGAGAGCUUCAGCCUUCCCACACGAAGGAGCAAGGCAGAAGCGAAGAGUUGCACUCGGGAAAGGAAUGGCAAGUCCGGACGGUUGAGUUGCGGGGAAAGGAUGGGGAAACCUACCGAUCUUCUCCACAUGACGCCAAGCCAAACAACAAGGUCAGCAGGGAUACACCAGUCGGCGAAUUCCAUGAGGAUGUGCCUGAUGAUUUGGAGGAGGUCAGCAGGCCAAGCACCGGCGGCGCAAGCGCCGGCCUCGACCAGGACACAACGGGUGUCCUGCUCAUGAUGACUGGGGCAAGCGCAGAUCAGCUCUCUCGCCUGCGUGAUUCACUGAUGGAGCAGCAGGUGAACAACGAAGCGGAUUCUGGUGUGCUCGUACACGACCUCGUCUGCUCAGAGGAGCCGCAAUCGCAAGAGAUUGGCCCGCUUGCCAACAUCAACGCGAGAGUCAGAUGUGAGUCAGGUGAGGGUGUUACCACGUUGGCGAAAUCCAGCUCAGCACCGGACAUGAAAUCAACAAUCCGCAGAACGCAGACAUGUCUGAAGAGGAGUCCGUUUGAAGAGCCCCUGCCUUGGGCAAAGCCGGUCACUGACAAGUGGGGCUUCCCGAAGCCUCUUGCCAGCUAUCCUCCAGCGGAGCCCUGGAACUGGAGGCACCACCUCCUGGGGAUGAGCAACGAUGGCGUUCCAAAGGGCCGCCGGACUUACUUCUCGAAGCCUGAAUCCCUAGCAGAGUUGAAGGAGGCAUUGCGAAGCAACCCUUCGAUCAAGAAUGCUGAAGGCAUUCUUCAGAGACUUGAGCUAGGCGAUCUUCCUCCGCGUCCCAGGUCCUUUCUCACGGCAGAUGCUGGUGCUCCGGUUUGUCCACAGAGACAUGUGUUUGGUGGCACAAUGUUAGAUCGAGAUGGAAUGGGACGAACCUGGAACAGCCGCUGGCAUGCAGGCAUUGCAAUGAUCAACGAGCACUGCCAUCCGCCUGGAGCGGAAACCCGGCGAGUGGGUUUCAAUCGACCAGAGGAGGCCUGCACGGUUUCCUCCUUUGGGUGGCCUUCUGACUGGUCGUUCUGGAGCACCAAUUCCCGGAGCGAUGCCAUAGCGAUGCCAGCUCCGAGUACUGGCAGCGGACAUCCGUUGCAGCCGAUUCGGUCAUCGACAUCGGGCAGGAGCUCUUCCCGGGCCAACGAGCCCCUAACAGGAAGCAGGCCCUCAUCUUGCUCUCGUCCAGCAUCAGCCAUUGCCGAUGCUAUACAGGCGGAGAAUGAACGUGCCAAGAAGCUGAGCGAAGACAUGGAGGCUCGGGCUUCCAGGCCGAUGCCAGGGGAGGGAUUUACGUCCGGUGGAUCACGACCAUCCUCACGGUCAAGGAGUCGGAAACUUCCGCUCGGGCCAGAGGAAGCUGCACAAGCAGCGCCUCCAUCAGUCCUGAGUUCAUGCAAGGCACCAUCGUCGCUGGAUGCUUGCAAUCAGGGCUAUCCCGGUGCAAGGGAUCCAUUGCCUGCUCAGGCACCCGCAGCGCCAAUGCCAGCGAGGGAUGACCAUGGCACCGUUGCCGAGAUCUUCGAUCGCGUCAGCCGCCUGGACCAAAGAAAGCAGAAGGCAUUGCUUCGAAUGCUGGACUCCCUAGAGGAGGACAACUCGCAGCCAUCAACAUCGAGCAAGGCGCAGCCCGCACAGCCAGUGUGGCCGCAGUCGACGAACUCGGACCUCUGUACGACUCCGUUUGAGGAGAGGAGGAAUUCCGAACUUCGACAAGAAGACCCACAGCAGGGGCUGCUGCAGUCUUUGCAGGCUCUGGAACUCUUCCGAUCGUCGCAAAGCCGAAGGUUCUUUUCAGCAAGUUCGCAGCAAGUGCAGGACCCGCAACAUCCAACAGAGCCCCAUGCCCCAGCUCCCUCUCCGCUUCCGGACGAGCAUGACGAGCACUUGGCCCAAUUCGGAGAAAAGCACGAGCUGUUGGCGGAGGCAGCUGCGAUGGGCCUCGACAUCCCUGUGCGCAGCUUCGAUGAUACUGAUGUGCUGGAGAGUCAAGUCUCAGCAGAACCGCGUGUGACGUUAGGCUCGUCCAUGAUUGCUAGUCAGCUACAGGAAAGUGUAGUGAUCCCGACUCUUCCUCGAGGGAGGACACUAAUUUUCAACUGCGUCUCUACAUGGGGUGACAAAGACUUCGUUGGUCUCGCAGGAAUCGAAAUCUUUGAUGGACGUGGAUUUCCCGUGGUCUUGAAAGAUCGAAACCGGCAGGUAACGGCGGACCCUCACUCCAUCAAUGUCUUGGACGAGUACGAUCAUGAUCCGCGAACACCGGAGAAGCUUUUUGACCAGGUCAACCUGACUCGGGAUGAUCUUCACGUCUGGCUCGCACCCUUCUUCAAUGGCCGUGUGCACACUGUCACCGUCGACUUGGAUUGCCAGACCGAGAUCAGUAUGAUAAGAGUCUGGAACUACAACAAGUCUCGUCUGCACUCAAGCAGGGGAGUAAGGGACCUGGAGAUCUUGUUGGAUGGCAGCCCAAUCUUCAUUGGUGAGGUCAGAAGAGCUCCCGGUGUUCUGACCAAGCCUGAAGAGGCAUGCGAACUUAUCUUGUUCACGCAGGAUGAGUCUGUUCUGGAGGCAGUGGCUGAACAUGACUGGCUGCCAGCUCAUCUACCUUUGGACUCUGACGAG